CGACGACUCGGUCUCCUCGUCUCGGGCGGGUCGAGAGUUCAUCUCAACCGUGACGGCCUUAACGACACGAAUGACUUAUUGUUCGAGUCGACCCACGCCUCGAGAGACCUCGCUCGAGUGUCUCGAGGCGUCGAGGAUUUGCGGUCGUGUAGUUUCAUGUCUUGUUCAGUCCUGCCUCCGGCAACCAGGUCGUCUCGUCGGCCAAUCCCGUCGAUUCGCCUGUUCGUCAUUCCCGCCAGUUGUCACGGCAACCGACAAGCGACAAGCACCAAUUCCUUCGACAGUGUCAUCAAUCAUCAGAUCAGCCGGGCAACCCGCAUAGCGAAGAGCCACAAGAGGAAGUGCCCUAACAUCCUCACAGCCCCACACACAACCACACACAAUCACACACCAGUUCACACAGACGCACAGAUACCAGCACCAGACAGCCGGUGGAGUGAUGCUGUGACGUCGACCGACCGGAACAAGGGCUUGUGGCUUACCGAAAGCCUCUCGCUAUUGUGCAGCCUCAUUACGCCACAGGCCAGUGUCUGUCUGUAUGUAUGUCUGUCUGUAUGUAUGUCUGUCCGUGUCUGUGAUGAUGACGGUACCAUCAGUGGGGGCUUCGCUGAGACCGAUUCCGUGACUGAUGGCCACAACUAUUACGAGGCUGCUACUGCUGCUGCUGCUGCUGUUGCUGUUACUCCUACUAAUGCUAAUGAGGAGGAGAAAGACGACGACGACUAA